CUCAGACCCGCUUCGGGUUUUGCUCUGGUUUUGUGAAUCAGUGGUUUCUGCAGUGAAGCACCACCCUCCUCCUCCUCCUCAUCCUCUUCUCUGACGCACAUGAGGAGAAUCCCAGCGCUCGCGUCACCCGCGCCAGUGGGCGUGGCGUCGCUCCGCUUCAUUCAUAAAGUCCGGCUGCCAUUCGGAUGAAAUGUAACGCGCUGCUGGAGCGUUGUGCCAUCGGCGAGCGCUUAUAACGCGUCCCUCAUUCGGACAGCAUGAAUUACACAUAGGCGUCUCACACAUGCUUCUGGACCAUGAGUGAUGAGUCUCCGUUACAGACGCGCCUCACCACUGACGUGCCGCUGGCAUCCGGCUCUCAGGAGAACUAUGUCCUGCUGCUGGUGCUGCUGUGUGUGUUCGCCGGCGGGACGCUGGUCCUCCUGUCCAUCCUGCUGGUCUUCUGUCAUCGCUGCUGUCGAGGAGAGCGACGCUACUCCAGAGCCAGUGAUGACCUGGAGAAAACCAACACCACAUACAUAGUGGAGAGUCAGCCGACGCAAGGUGAAC